UUGUUUUUUUAAAUUGGGAUAAAACCGAGAUGGAUAUCGGCGAACUGUUGGCCUUCAAGCCUGAGCAGACCCCAAAACGACCGCACGAGGACGAUGAAGAUUUUGAGCCAGAGACAACCGCUGGAAAACGGGGCGGUGGCGGUAGCGAUGAGAAGGCCAAACGCAUUCGGCGCAUUGCCGAGGCCAAGGAGACGGCCAAUUAUGGAAAACAGGGCAGCAGCAGCUCCACCACAGCCAGCAACGCAUUCGAACUAGACCCAGAAUUGACAGAAGAAGAGCGGCUGAACAUCAUGCGUUAUGUGGAAAACGAGGAGACCGAUGGCGAUGUUUUGGAUGAGCAGGGGCUGAAAAAAUUGAUCUUGGUAUUCGAGAAGCGCAACCUGAAGAACCAGGAGAUGCGCAUCAAGUUUGUCGAAAAUCCCGAAAAGUUCAUGGACUCCGAACUUGAGCUUCAUACAGUCAUUCAGGAGCUGAAAGGCGUGGCCACCGUACCAGAUCUCUAUCCACUGCUUGUGGAGCUGCACGGACUGCACAGUUUGCUGGAGCUGCUUGCACAUCAGAACACAGACAUUGCUGUGGCCAUUGUCGAUCUGCUGCAGGAGGUGACCGAUGUCGAUAUUCUAGGUGAGAGUCAAGAGGGAGCCCAGGCCUUGAUCGAGGCCCUGCGGAAGGAACAAAUCUGCGCUUUGCUAGUCCAGAACCUGGAACGUCUCAACGAGCAGGUGAAGGAGGAAGCCGACGGUGUACACAACACAUUGGCCAUCGUGGAGAACCUCACAGAGAUCGAUGGCGAAUUCGUGCGAGAAGCUGCCGAGCAGGGGCUGCUGGCAUGGCUGCUAAAACGCCUCAAGGGCAAGACUCCCUUUGAUCCGAACAAAUUGUAUUGCAGCGAGAUUCUGUCCAUCCUGAUACAAACGGAGAACGACAAUCGCCUUCUGCUCGGCUCGAUCGAAGGAGUCGAUGUGCUGCUCCAACAGCUGGCUGUUUACAAGCGUCACGAUCCGGCAAGCAACGAGGAGCAGGAGUACAUGCAGAAUCUCUUCAAUUGCCUUUGCUCCGCUCUGAUGGCCAAGGAGAAUCGCGAUCGCUUCCUCAACGGCGAGGGACUGCAGCUAAUGAAUCUGAUGCUGCGCGAGAAGAAAAUGUCCCGCAACGGUUCGCUAAAGGUACUCGAUCAUGCUAUGGCCGGCCAGGAUGGUCGCGACAAUUGCAACAAAUUCGUGGAGAUCCUCGGACUGCGCACCAUUUUCCCACUGUUCAUGAAGACACCCAAACGGAACAAGCUACGUCUGCUGUCGGCCGAUGAGCAUGAGGAGCAUGUCAGCUCCGUCAUUGCCUCGAUGCUACGCAACUGCAAGGGCACCCAUCGCCAGCGUAUGCUGUCCAAAUUCAGCGAGAACGAUUACGAGAAGGUGGAUCGUCUACUGGAACUGCAUCUCAAAUAUUUGGCCAAGGUGGAGGCCAUCGAUAAGGAGAUUGAUCAGCAGCCUACGGAUCCCAGCAUCGAUGAGGACGAGGAGGCGGAGAAUAACUAUAUAAAGCGCUUGACUGGCGGCCUCUUCACGCUCCAGCGCAUCGACUACAUACUGCUGGAGGUCAGUUCCACCUCGGAGACGGUCAAGCAACGUGUGCUACAGAUUCUAAACCUACGUGGGGCCUCAAUGAAGACCAUCAGGAGCAUCAUGAGGGAAUACGCUGGCAAUCUGGGCGAUGGCGACACUGACUGGCGGCAACAGGAACAGACCCACAUACUAUCUCUAGUCGAUCGUUUCUAAGACAACGUAAUAAACCACAAAAACUAUUCUUGAACCUUAAACAAACAAAAAUGUCUAUCAAAACUUUUACUCGGGAAAAUUCAAAAAAAGUUCAUCAAAUGUUAAACAUUUUUAAGCGGUAAAAUUUGAAUUUUUAGAAAUUUAAAAUUGGCUUGCACACUCCCAUUGUUUUUCCAGCAAACCAUUGCACUUUUGGCUUGUUAAUCCUUGUAGAUUCCCAUUUUGGCCAGGCCAUUUUUGUUGAGUUUUUUUAUUGUUGGCUAAUCGCAGAUGUUCUUGGAUUACUUUUUCUUGCAUUUCUCUUCCUCUUUCUUGCUUUUCUCUUCCUUACAUUCCUUCUUCUUGCCCUUGCCCCUAAGGGUAUACAGCAAAUGGAUUUAUAUAUUAGAAAUGAAUUAUGAUUGAAAUUAACUAAUUAACCAAUAAAAAUGUGUUAAGCUUUA